GCCGUCAGACCUGCUUUAUCUGAUCGACUUGGAGGAUUCCUCGCGAGGACCAAAUUACUGCUAAAUCUUUCCGAUACGCCUUCGAAACUCCUGGCUCGAGAGAUGUGGCGGCUGUCGAUAUUGAUCGGUAUGAUUACAAUCGCGAGAGCCGGACCGUACGACAAGACGACGGACUCGGUGAACGACAGAACUCUGUUUAUUAGAAGUCUGCCGGGAUAUCCUGGAACUAGAAGCGAUCUCUAUGAAGUCUAUAUGGAACCAUAUUAUUUCGCAGUUGGUCUGAAAGCCGUAGUGGAGAUAAAAGCUCUCGGUGAAGACGGUUCGCCGGUGGAUGGGCCACGAGGGAUGCUGACAAUAAUGCAGCAUUCCGAUGGAGUCAGGAUCAUGGGCACGAUCACGAGAUUAAAUCCGGGCUUGCAUGGAUUCCACGUACACGAGAAAGGAGAUUUGAGAAAAGGUUGCAAUUCAGCUGGCCCGCAUUUCAAUCCGUACAUGGUGAAUCACGGAGCACCGAGCGAUCCGUUACGUCACAUCGGCGAUCUCGGUAAUAUUGAGGUCGGAGAGGACGGAGUGGCGCGUAUCGACGGCAUGGAUCAUUAUUUGAGCUUGGUGGGCGUCCGGGGUGCAAUCGGCAGAGCCCUGGUGAUCCAUGCGAAACCCGACGACCUCGGCCGCGGCGGAACCGAGGAGAGUCUGAAGACCGGAUCGGCGGGCGAGCGCGUUGCCUGCGGUGUCAUCGGUUUCUUGUAAAAAGAUUUCGAUGAACAGCAAAUUCGGUUACUGACUUACUACAUGCACUAAAUACGCACUGAAAGCUGCCGUAUUUAAUUCACUUAAAAAGACAUUGCAGAUAAAUUUGUGUAUACAGCCUGAAGAUUGUGCGCAUUAGUGCUUCUACCCAAAUUCGCUAAAAUAGGUAUUGCGCACCGCGACUUCGUUCACUAAUUUAAUUGCGCCCACUUGUACCAAUCAAUAAAUAUUACGAAUGUGUAAAUAGAACACUUGUUAAAUGCAUUUUAUAU